AUGAUUGUCUCGAGGUUGAAUGUAGACCCUGGGAGCGAGAUUGGUGACGAAGUCCAUGCACGGAAUCAAGGGCUCCUGACCGAUUUGAAAGGCAUGUGGUCCAUGCUCAUGGACAUUGGGUCUGUCAAAUUGUUUUACGUAAUUACCCGCAUCAUUUUGUCGAAGCUUUGGCGCACUUUGUGGUACUGGAACACCACCGAAGACCGACUCCUGGCUUACGUCAAGAAGACGGCCGUUGAGGGCGACCCGGCUAGCGUACUUGCAGCUAUUAGGAAAUAUAAUGAUUAUGAGUGGACGAUGGCUCUCCACCCUGAGAAAAAAUUGAAGACGGACGAAGUUGUCCGGAAGGCGACUCCGGAAAUCUGCUUCGAGAUGGGUUGCUACGUGGGCUUGUCAGCAAUUACCGUGGCUAGUCAGAUCCCGCCCGGAGGUCGUCUGAUCACUGUGGAGUAUGUACCAAAAAUCGCCGAUGUGGCAAGGGAACUAGUCCACUUUGCUGGUCUUGAUCAGGUUAUAACAGUGAUCACGGGAACGGCAGAAGACGCCAUUAAAGUCCUCCGCAGCGAGUACCACGUGGACAAGCUGGAUUUCGUCUUCGUCGAUCAUUGCAAGUGGCAGUACCUACCCGACCUCAAGCUACUGGAGAAAGAGCGGUUGCUACGCAAGGGAACCAUUAUCAUGGCCGACGAUAUGCUGUGGCCUGGUGCCCCUGACUACCUCGAAUACGUGGAAAAUGACCCCAAGUACCAGACCGAGCGAUUUAACUGCAAAGCGAUCUUGCUAAACGUACCCGUCGCUAUGGCAAUUUCUGUUUACCAAGGGGAAGAUUAAAAGUCAAACCUAGACUACUGAAAAAAGAUAUAUUGGGUAUGGGGUGGGUAAACGAGAGGUUGGAGUGCCAAGCUUUGGCAGGCUGAAUGCAUUCUUAGUUAGCUUAUAAUUGCGACACCUAUUCUUUAAUUUGUAAUAGAGCCCGACAGUUCACCCCGGUAGCAGCUGCUUUUGGACUAAAACAAUUAACGUGCAAACAUUCAAGAUUUUGCAAUUACUUUUGGCACAUUGAUUUUUUAAGGAAAUCACCCCCGAAAAAAAGGCCCUUGUAAAAUUGUUAAUAGCAUAUCAAUUUGCGAUGAGUAAUAAAUCAAGCUAAAAUAAACAAAGCUAGGAAAGUACGUAGGAUUUUUGGGCUUUGCAUUGCGACGAAUACUAUCUGGACAGUUUGCAGUGAUACCAUUGAUGAUUCUCUUUUUGGGUAACAAGAAGAUGAGAAGCAGGUAUAAAUAACAAAAUAUCUAACAUUUUCGAUAAAUAUUUUCACCUGAAGAUGGUCAGAGUUUACUGCCUGAAACGUCGAGUGUUUCACCAUCGCUUCUUCCUAUAGAACCACCAUCUUGUCGCAAAAAAGGGUAAUCUUUACAAAAAGAGACAAUGGUCAGAAUUAAAUUAGGCCUUGUGAAGUUAGGAGCCGGUUAUUUCAGGUAGAAUUUUAGUCCCGGUCAGCAGCUGGAAUAUUGUCUCGAAGCAACAGUUACCCC